GGAGAGGUUGGUGUGUGUGUGUAUGUAUGUAUGUAUGUAUGUAUGUAUGUAUGUAUGUAUGUGUUUGCGUGUGUAUGAAAGAGAAGGCUCCCAGGGUCAGGCUGGCUGCUGCUUGCCGAUAGCUACAGCAGUCGGGGCGGUAGGCCGAUGGUUUGUGGUUACGCAAGUGUCGACGGAAUUCCCAGUGUGCUGCGCGCCUGCGCCCCGUAUGUUCAUGGCGGCGACUAUCCAGCUAGAGCCGCUUUUGCUCUUUGUACUAUGGACGACGGUGACUGUGGUUCUGCCUGGCUCUGGCGAAGGGGGAUGGCAGCAGAGCGGGCUGGGGAUUGCAGUAGCAGUGCCGGAGGAGCGUUGCACCGUGGAGCGCCAAGCACACCUCACAUACUCCGAAUUCAUGCAGCACUAUGCCUUCGUCAAGCCGGUCAUAUUACAGGGACUCACGGACAACUCGCGGUUCAGGGCCCUGUGCUCUCGGGAAAACCUGUUGGCCUCGUUUGGGGACAACGUUGUUCGCCUGAGUACAGCCAACACCUACUCCUACCGGAAAGUGGACCUGCCCUUUCAGGAGUAUGUGGAGCAGCUGCUGCAUCCCCAGGAUCCCACAUCCCUAGGCAAUGACACCCUGUACUUUUUUGGAGACAACAACUUUACUGAGUGGGCACCACUAUUCCAGCACUAUUCUCCGCCUCCGUUUCGCCUACUGGGAACCACCCCUGCUUACAGCUUUGGGAUCGCAGGAGCUGGAUCUGGGGUACCCUUCCACUGGCAUGGACCUGGUUUCUCAGAGGUGAUUUAUGGCCGGAAGCGCUGGUUCCUCUACCCUCCUGAGAAGACACCAGAGUUCCACCCAAACAAGACCACACUGGCCUGGCUUCAGGAAAUAUACCCAUCCUUAGCCCCAUCAGCUCGGCCCCUGGAAUGUACCAUUCAAGCUGGUGAAGUGCUGUACUUCCCUGACCGCUGGUGGCAUGCCACACUCAAUCUGGACACCAGUGUCUUUAUUUCUACCUUCCUUGGCUAGCCAAACAGGCAACUGGCAAGCCCACUGCACCAGCACAUGCCAAUGUAGUGCUCACAGACUUUAUUACAGGACAGUGGCAGCAGCAGCAACCUAAGCCCACCCUCACCCGCUUUCCAGCCCAGAAGGGGGACAGGGAAGGCUCAUGGCCCAGCAAGGGAAAGGGAGCAGUUCAGAACCCAUCAGCAGAACUGAUGGGGGCAAGCCCAGGGACACAAGCUAUAUACAGGAACUGGAGCUUCUGUCUCCAGACCCUCCUGGGCUAGGGUGCCAGGCAGGACAUGGCUUUAAUAGUCCUCUACCCAGCCGUUUUCAGAGAUGAAUGCAUCAAUGACUUCCUUCAUGGCCAAGUUGGGGAUGAGUUGUUCCUGGGUCAGAGGGCUCCGGGUCACAGGGUCAAAGUGGCCGACACGCUGCAACAACAGAGUCAAGGUGGUCAACUGUCUGAGUUUAUGUCUGAUCCUAGUCCCAAGGCCAAGGCCCCUUACCUGCAGGUGCUCCUCAAUGUCCUUGCGGUCGUAAGUGAUACCACUGGGUGUGAUGCAGGGCUCCCGCAUCAGCUCAAAGCUGAUCUUGCCACACAAGUAGUCAGGGAUAUCUCGCUUCUAUAGCACAAUGGGGAAAGUGUCUAGAACUGGAAGGGUCAUCACACCAGCACCUACCCCCGGGCUUUGAGAAUACUCACCUUUCUCUUCUCGUCCACCUGAGAGAAGAGCUCAUCCAUGUCUGCCAUGUAUUUAUCCUGUAGAGUUGAGUGCCAUGUGUGGGCAACUCCUAUCUCCUCCAUACAGACACACACACCUUAUGUCCACCAGGGCACUCGUGUCAUGCAUGGGCCAACAGAUCCAUCAUAGGCUGGGGCACUUUUCAUGCCACACACAAAAUCACACACACAACGACCCACAUGUGGACUAGGGGCACCCUCACGUGCUUGGCCUCAAUGCAGGCCUGCUGGGCCCGGACGUGGCCAUCAUCCUCAUCACCCUCAUGGUUCCGCUGACACUCUUCCAGUUCCCUGAGGGUUAACCAGAAGCUAGUCGGUGAUGGUCCUGACCAGAAAAGGCCAGAGCCCUCCCCGUUUCAGGCCCCUUUCCUCCUGGGCUUCCCAUAUGCUAGUGUUGUCUUUCAAUAAACACUUGUGCUGGUGA